UGUGUAUUUCCUUGCUUAUACCGCGAGGCUACGUACAGUACGUACCUACGUAGUAACAUCGCUUUACGUUCGUGUUUUUUGGCUAGAAAAACGCUGGAAUCUGUUCAUUAUUAUAAAAUCAAACGAGAAAAUGUUUGGUGGCAGUGUGCCCGUAGUGAUUCAAUCCAGGUGAAACACACGCCGUGUAAGGAGAGUGUAAAACGUGGUGUGUCGAGCACGAGCUUACGGUUGCCGUAGUUUGUUAUCAAACAGCACUGGUCGAGGCCGCGACCGCGAGACCAUGGCGGAGGCGGCGCCUGGCAAUAUUGUGAAGGAGGGCUGGCUACAGAAGCGGGGCGAACACAUCCGCAACUGGCGUGACCGUUACUUCAUCCUGUUUGACAAUGGUGAUCUGGUAGGAUUCAAGACGCAGCCGGAACGGAAUAACUACCGCGAUCCUCUGAACAAGUUCACGGUGCGGGACUGCCAGAUAAUGGCCGUGGACAAGCCGCGCCCCUACACCUUCACCAUUCGUGGCUUGCAGUGGACUACCGUCAUCGAGCGCAACUUCUCAGUGGACACAGAGAAGGAACGCGAGGAGUGGGUGGCGGCCAUCCGCUACGUGUCGUCGGCGCUGUCGGCGGGCGGGCCCAGCGCGGCCGGCGCCGGCCUGCCCGAGAGCGACGACCGCGACAUGGCGCAGCUCGGCACCAGCUUCCGCGACCCGCGCCGUAUUACACUUGAGAAAUUCGAGUUCGUCAAGGUGCUAGGCAAGGGCACCUUCGGCAAGGUGGUGCUGAGUCGCGAGAAGGGCACGGGCAAACUGUACGCCAUGAAGAUUCUUAAGAAGAACCUCAUUAUCCAGAAGGACGAGGUGGCGCAUACCAUCACCGAGAACCGCGUGCUCAAGAAGACCAAGCACCCUUUCCUCACGGCCUUGCGCUACUCGUUCCAGACGGCGGACCGCGUCUGCUUCGUCAUGGAGUACGCCAACGGCGGCGAGCUCUUCUUCCACCUGUCGCGCGAGCGCUCCUUCUCCGAGGAACGCACGCGCUUCUACGGCGCCGAGAUAGUGUCCGCGCUCGGGUACCUGCACGCCGAGGGCAUCAUCUACCGCGACCUCAAGCUGGAGAACUUGUUGCUGGACAAGGACGGACACAUCAAGAUCGCGGACUUCGGCCUCUGCAAGGUCAACAUACCGUACGGGAGCACCACGAAGACGUUUUGCGGCACGCCCGAGUACCUGGCGCCCGAGGUGCUGGAGGACACGGACUACGGGCCCGCCGUGGACUGGUGGGGUACCGGCGUGGUGAUGUACGAGAUGGCGUGCGGCCGGCUGCCGUUCUACAACCGCGACCACGACGUGUUGUUCUCGCUCAUCCUCAGCGAGGAGGUUCGGUUCCCGCGCGCGCUGUCGGCGUCGUGCCGCGCCCUGCUGGCGGGGCUACUGACGAAGGAGCCGGCCAACAGACUGGGCGCGGGGCCGGACGACGCGCACGAGAUCAUGAACCACCCGUUCUUCGCGUCCGUGAACUGGGCCGACCUGGUGGCCAAGAAGAUCCCGCCGCCCUUCAAGCCGCAGGUGGAGUCCGAGACCGACACUCGCUACUUCGACUCGGAGUUCACGGGCGAGUCCGUGGAGCUGACGCCGCCCGAGAACGACUCGAGCCUGGCGCGCAUCCAGGAGGAGCAGUUCCCGCAGUUCUCCUACCAGGAUAUCUGUUCCUCCGCCCACUCCGCACUGUCGCACCACUCCGCGCUUGCUGACAAGCGCCAGUAGCGCGGGCCCCGCGGCCCCGGCGGACCUGGCGGGCCCCGCGACCACGGCGGGCCCCGCGGCCCCGGCGGGCCCCGCCGCCCCAGCGGGCCUCGAGGGCCCCCGUGCGGCCCCGCAACGCUCCACGUCGUGCUCUUCACUUCAUAGAUGCGGUUUCAAAUAAUGGAUUUUAUAUUUGCUUCUCUGAGAUAAAAUGAUUUCUAUAUAUGACCCUGCUGAGAUCUGCUAUUGUAAGGAUACUUUCAGGAUGUACAUCAACACUCAUCGCUCACAGAUACCAUCGUUCACUCUCCUUGGUAUUAAGAUAUUGGAAAUAUGUGUAAUUAUAAUAUACGACGAUACUGUUACAUGUAAUUUUAAAAUAAUUUUGGGAUUUUGAUGAUAACUGAGAUUGCAUCACAACCUCGUAAUGGUUUACGGCGUCAUUGCAUGGAUUGGACCAUCCUAUUGUGUAUAUUUUAUGUUUCUCUCCUAAAGUCUAUUUUUGUCUAACUCUACUGACUGUUACUAAAUCAAAUCUCAGUCUAAAUGUAUAAGCUUAAUAUUUUUUAACAAUAAAUUAUUUUGUAGUCAGCUUCAUGAUUACUGCAUAACAUGAGUUGAUUCUCACGGUAUAUAAAUAAUAUUGUCUGUAUAUUACUUACAGAUGGUUGUGUAGAUGCAAUAUGUCAGGUGAUGUUACGAAAUGAUGCAGUUUCAGCUAGCGUCAUGUUCAGCCCUGAGGUUCAUUUAGUAACAUACUUCAUUUAGUUCCGGAUGUGAUCUUCCUUGGUCUGUUUAUCUAGAUCUAAAUCCAGUUUUUUAAGAGGGUAGAUGUUUACUAUUAGAAAUAAUAAUAUAUAUUGAAAUUGCUGCAAACCGAGUGCAAGAUGUGGCAUGGCACAGACAGAGUACAUGUUGUAGCUCGCAGUCCGCCGGCGACAGGCCUAACACGAGUCGUCGACCAGUUCCCUCGACUGGAGAUAUUCACAAACUGCCUGUCCAACGUCCAACAGAAGCUGUGUAACGAUAUUUUAUAUUUGCAUUUGUUUCCUUGUAUUGUAUCAUUACCACGACUUGAUCUGUCUAUGGUCGUACCAGUUCGGAGCUUGUUAUUUAGGAGGUAUAAAUAAAACAUUAGACUACAGUAUUAAUAUUGUAUUCUGUGAAAACAAUACAAAUAGCUGGAAAAUUCGAACUGUCGUUGGUUUCUUGACAAAUAAUUAGCUAGAGACAGACGCAAGAGCAAGAGACGUCCGCGCCAUGAGCCGGCCGUGGCUCGAGGCAGACUCGCCGCACCGGGGGCACACUUGUAUUUCCUUUUGUAUAUAUUAUUAAAGUUAGGAUUAAAGCGA